UAUGCAGAGGCAGUGACGUCACCGGGCUGUCUCUCGCUGCCUUCCUGCUGCAUCACAACAGCCGUCAGUAGCUCGAGUAUACUAGCACACUAGUAGUGACCGGGGGGGCAGGAUAUAUAUAUCUAUUCAUUGAUAAAACAACAACUCGUUUAUUGUCGCGUUGCAGCACCUCAACCAGCCUCUACCACGGUGGGUUAAAUAACAGCACAGGAGAGGAACUGGUGUCAGCAGCAGAGCGAUCACUAGUCCAGCUGCAGCUGUUGGGACAUGGCCAGGCCGGAACAGGUCCUGCUCUUGGAGCCGCAACACGAACUCAAAUUCAGAGGUCCAUUCUCAGACGUGGUCACCACAAAUCUCAAGCUCGCCAACCCUACAGACAGGAAUGUGUGUUUCAAGGUGAAGACGACAGCGCCGCGCCGGUACUGUGUGCGGCCAAACAGUGGAAUCAUCGAUGCGGGAACCUCAAUCAACGUCUCAGUUAUGCUGCAGCCUUUUGACUACGACCCCAAUGAGAAGAGCAAACACAAGUUCAUGGUCCAGUCCGUGCUAGCACCUCCUGACAUGACCGACAUGGAGGGAGUGUGGAAGGAGGCUAAGCCAGACGAGCUGAUGGACUCUAAGCUGAGGUGUGUUUUUGACAUGCCAGCGGAGAAUGAAAAAACGCAUGACAUGGAGUCCAACAAGAUGAUGUCGUCCAUCUUGCUGAAGUCAGACUCCUCCACGCUGCCUCCGAAGUCAAUGAGCUCCACCCUUGAUGACGGGGAGGUAAAGAAGAUCAUGGAGGAGUGUAAGAGGCUGCAGAUGGAGGCUCAGAGGCUACGGGAAGAAAACAAACAGAUCAGGGAGGACGACGGUCUGCGGAUGAGGAAGAGCAACGUGAUGUCAUCUCAGCACUCCUCAAUUGGCAUGAAGAAAGACGAGGGGUUGAGCGCCCGCACGAUGGCCCUCAUCGUGCUCUUCUUCAUUGUGGGCGUCAUCGUGGGCAAGUUGGUCUUGUAGAUGGCAGCGCAGUUCGGGUCGGGCCGCAGCAUGCUUUCAGGGGGAUGAAAAACAAACACGGGAUCUGGGAUUUUGGAUCAGAAAUGCCAUAUCCGCUGGGUGGGGGGUGGUACUAGUUUUGAUUCAGUCUCAUUUAUGUAAAAAAAUUUCAAAAGGUAAUGUAUGAGAAAAUAAAGAAGAAAAAAACGAUUCAUCAUCUUAUGAACAAACCUACUGUUACAGGUCUUGCCUCUACGUAAUCAUCACAUAAUCAUUCUGGCCCUCUUUCCCAAAGUUUCAUGUAUACAGAUGACUGGUUCUGUGGGCGUGGGGAGGUAAUGGAAACAUGAUUUAAUGCUAGUGAUCCAGACCAAUUUUCUAACACUGGCGAGGUAGUGUUGGUGCGACUGAGUCAGUUUGCAAUGUGUGAAUGUCAUUUUAGUGUAUUGUUGUUUCUUUUUCUAAAUGACAGAGGUCAGAGCCUAAUGUAAAUGUAAACGUAAUCCCCCUAACCCCCCCACUGUACAGUAUAUCCAGGUGUUCCUUCCAGCUAAACCCCCUUUAAGGAAGGGAUUCACCAGAGAGACGAUCCACACAGUCGGGGUUACACACAGGGCUAUCAAACUGACUCCUGCAAUCAGAGGCUUUGUAAAAUCGGCUCGUCUUUGAUUGUAGAACAACCUUGAUCAGUGUAUGAAACACUAUACCAUAGGUAUUUUAUUUCCUGGUGUCGUUUUUUUAUUUUCACUCUACCUUACUCCCGUCACCUGUCACUCAGUGCUCACCACACCCCCAGUUGUCAGAGGGGGCUGUUUGAUUGCAUGCGUUCACACACAGAGUGUUGCAUCUGGACUUUUGAAUCUAAUUUAAUUGCUUUUAUAAUGGUGAUAAUAUUAUGUAAUUUGGCUGUAGGUUUGCACAACUACAUUUUUCAGAUUUUCUUUCUCUCUCUUGUCUUUGUUGCGUUUUUAUGAUUUUAAAUAAUUUUUCUUGUUGUUAGGGUUGAAGCAUUUAAGAAUAUUGCAGCUACCAGAAAUGAGCUCCAGAUUUGUAGGAUUAGAUCAUUUCUGCAAAUGUUAUCCAGAUGAAAGGCUUGCCUUGUGACCUAUUUGGGCAAGUUAUUCUCAGUCCAAGAUGGAGGUAUAUAUACAGUACAAUGAGCGGGAGGUGCACGUAGAGGCGACUGGUUGUGUUUCACUUACAAAAUCAACAACACAAAGGGCCUGGACCUUGGUCUUUUCCAGCUCUUUUUUGUUUUCUCAUAUUUUCCUACUGAGCCAUACAUUUGUUGUUUUUCUGUUUUGUUUGGGGCAAAUGUAUGUCAGAGAUCAACUGAGUGUUUCAAGCUGCCUGCUCCAGCUCUCUGCUGCUGGUGAUUUUUUUGCUGGGUUUUAUUUUUCCACUCCACUGCAGGCGUGUGUUCAGUUUUUGGUGUUUGUUCAGCAUUUAUCCGUUGCUUAUUAAUGUUAUAUCCUCACUGCAUUUGAAGUCGUGUUCAUUUUUAAUGCACUAAGAUUAAGCGUGUCUCUCCUUUGAUCUUCCUGCAGCAUACAUCUUAUAUCCUUGAGGGGACCACAUGAUGACAUUGUACUGUUCUAGAGCCGAUGGUUAUUUUUUUGGUCAAAAUAAACAAAAACAUACUCUCAAAUUGUUUCAUCUCCAAAUUUGCAUGAGGGGCAAAAAAGCAGUGGAGAGUGUCGAUCUACUUUGCAAUAUUUGAAGGAAAAAGAGCAGUUGUUCAUUUUUUUAUUCCACUGUAUCCACAUAAGAUGCAGGAGUGCAAUACCCUUUGUUAAACUGAAAGAAAAAUGAGACAAUUCCACCAUCUUUUCAUGUUAAGUGGAGUGGAAGAUGAUGAAUAUGACUGGCGGGUAAGAGAUUAAAAUAUACAUGAGCUUGUGUUUCUACUGUAUCUCUGUAAAGUUGUUGGGUUGAGGAUGACUUGCUGCUUAGAGGGAGGGCAGAGCAGACCUGAGCUACAGUCCCAUCUUGGGUUAUCAGACCUGGGUCAUAUAGUACUUGCAGAAAAUUCUUCUUGUUCAAUGAAUCCUUGUUGGAGUAUCGGAAAACAUUUUACAUAAAAAAAAAUAUUUAAAAGUAUCAGAAUAUACUGUUGUGUGAUUAAUAAUUUACCACUGUCGUGCUCUGACGCAGUAAACUCCCCUGAUGUAGUACUCCAAGUAGGAUUGAACCAACAAUAAUAAUUACAUGUGAAUACUAACUGAUCCAGGCCCGGUUGUAAAACACACUACACUGACCAUCACCGUGAUCAAUGUAAGCAGUCGGCAAACUGUUUUGUAUGUAUAUAAAUAAAUAAAUAAAUAAGUCUAUCUGAGAAGAAGAUUAAUAUUCCUAGUUCAAGUAGUCUCUCUGGUGUAUAAAAACAACCCAACCUGGUUGGACUAUGUAGCAUCUUAAUAAAUUAAAUGAAUAAAGCCCCUA